AUGCGACUCUUGAUAGCUCCGUUCAUCUUUGCUGAGCGGAUAAUCGGAAUGGCAGCUGACGAAAUCAAGCAAACGUCAGAACAACAGAUGCGAACACUGCAGUUCAAUGACAAGGUGUCACGGUUAAAUAGGGAAUUCAUUCGACAACUGCAAGAAUGGUACAAACAAUGCGCUCACUAUGAUUUCUCCAAUUCUGUCAAGUCGUAUUUGGAACAUAUGAAAAAAUUGGACGAGAUGUAUUCCGGAAAGCCGUCAGCAGGUCCGGAAACCCCUGCUGCAUCGACAUCAACGCGAACUAUCGCCAAGGCCAAACGUCGGCUGGAUGGACCAAAGGACAAUAAGCUUAACGACUCCGUCAAAGUAUCCACACCAUCAGGUGCACCACCAAGGUUUAGCUUGGGAGGGGAUGUUUCUGUAAUAAAACCGAACCUAGACGUUACGUUGACAGCACCAUCUCCAAAGGUGGGUGAGUCCACAGGCACAUCGUUAAAUGGUGGUGGUGGAGGCGGACGAAAAAGAGCGAUUCGCGGUGGCGGACCUGCCGGUGGAUCAGAAACUGUUGUUUUUCGUGGCACUGAUUCGUCAGGCGUCUCUUCUGUUGCUGCUACAAUUCCCACGACGACCCUACCAAAACCAACUCCAGGUUUCUGGUCCAGUCAAAAAAAGGACGUGGAUACUAACGAAUCGUCUAAACCUGCAUUUAGCUUUGGUGCUGCUAAAUUGGACAAAAAAGAUCAGGAUAAGAACUUUUUAACUGUUCCACCAACAUCAUUUGGCAAUGGGAAACCGCUAUCCUUCGGAGCCAAAAAGGACGACGACAAGGUAACAACAUCGUCAGAGUCGUUCGGCGACAAAAAUAAGGACGAGGAGAGUUCAGAAAAGAAGCCAGUGCUGACGUUCCCAAAAUUUGGGGCUAGUGAUGGAGAAGGUUCGGGAAAAAAAUCGUCCGUGACGUUCCCGACAUUUGGCGCAAAGAAGGAUGAUAGCAAUGGAGAGAAAAAACCUACAUUAGUUUUCCCUACAUUUGGCAUCACGAAAGAUAAGGAAAAGGAAGGAGAAAAUAAGCCUGCUCUCACUUUCCCAUCUUUCGGUGCUACAACAACUACGGAUUCGUCAUCAUCUGGUGGGCUAAAGUUCUCAUUUGGCGCGUUGCCAAAGUCGAGCACCGAAGGUGCAGAGGAGAAAGGAGAAGAGGAAGGGGAAUAUGUGCCGCCAAAAGUGGAAGUGGUUGAAACAGAAGAACCGGGAGCAACGUUCUCUUCGAAAUGUUCGGUCUUCAAACUUAUCGAUAAGCAGUACACCAAAAUGGGCGUAGGAAUGCUACAUUUGAAGGAGACUGAUGGAAAGAAGAGCGUUUUGGUACGAGCUGCCACAGCUAUAGGUACUGUAUGGGUAAACGCCCUUAUGAACAAGACAAUGAAAGUGGCGAAAGCAGAUGAAAAGGGCGAAAAGCUCAGGCUAACGUGUCCAGCAAGCGAGACGGAGAUCAGCACGUAUGUAAUACGGUUCCCAUCGGUGAAGGAGGCUACAAAAUUGUUCAGUGCGUGUAUUUUCCAAUGUGCGACAAUGCUCAGUUCGCAGUUCCGAUUGUGA